CGAUUAUGAAAAAUAUAGUAGUCCGAAUUUAUUGAACGUCUUACUGAUAUUGAAAUUUAUUUCUUAAAAAUGGAGCAAGCAAAUAAAAUUUCCAUACAAGUUCUUGAAAGUGAUGCCAAGAAAAUGGAUACCGAACAGGCUGAAGUUGAAAUUAAUAGGCUAAAACUUGAGGUGACAAGGCUAAGGGCGAUCCUGGAAAAGCAAAGAAAGGUCCUGCAGGAGGACGAGGACAGAAGAAGGGAGGCUAAAUUGUUUUUCUCAACUCUGAUGGCAUUAAAAAUGGAUAAUGGUAGUCAUUUAGACAUAGAGUCUUCAGAUCCAUUGGUGGAACUCCAAGAAACCAGACCAGAUGACAAGCAAAUAGGUCCUUAAUUUUCCUGAAGUCACACCCCAAAAAUGCAUUGAACUCUUCCUGAGAACUUUGUGAUUAUGAAAUUGUAAAUUGGACUGUUAUUUCAAUUCAAAAAUAUGUCGGACAACUAAAGUUAAAA